AUGGAUACCCAGAAGCGUAUGUCAGAACCUGGAAAUCGAUCGCCAGCACAAGAAACGCAACCGAUUACUGAUGAAGAUGAAGUUUUUUUACGGGAGCGAAAAACAUAUUCAGAUCUUUCUUCUUUCAACCAAUUCGGGGAUCUUUUAACAUCAAAUCCUGUCUCUUGUGACAAAGAGUUACUGAAGGAAGGUUGUUCAGCGUCUCGAAAGGAGAGUGACUUGUACGUGAGGGACUACAAAGUCUCAACAUCUCAUGUUAAUGAGUAUGUGAGCAGUGAAAAUGAGUUGGAACGUAGUACCCAUCAUUCAGCACUUUCCCCUGGUGCAAAUAAAGAGGGAGCCGGAGGAGCUAGAGGAGAUUACGGAACCGGCUGCGAUAUUACCAUUGACAACAUUCCCGAUAAAAUUAGAGAACUCGUUCUUCAGCCAAGCGGAAGUGGAAUACAAUGCGAGCGCAGUUCCAAAAAUAUUACAGAAACCCAGACAGGGGAAGCGCAAAACCCGGGCUCGUCUAAAAGAGGUCAGUUUCACGUUCUAGCUUCUUAUAUCGUGUUUAUUCGCUACGAUGCUACUACUUUCUCCUUUAGUUAUGCGUUAAGUUUAGCUAAAAAGAGGUCGAUGGAGUUUUCCCUCGUAAGCAAAGCUGAGCACAAGCGUUGGCGUCAAGAAAUCGAUGGUUUUACGCAGUAUUCGGAGUGGGUCGCUAAAGUCAAUGAGUCACGCAGUGAAGAAAAACUUUGUUUUGAAAGCGCCGAAAGUGUUACUUCAUAUGACCCAGCGGAAGAGUAUUUCUUUCAUGCGAAUAUUCCACUUGUAGAUGAAGAGGAGUUUGCUGAAAUUAAUAGAUUUGUUGAUGGGGUAAACAAAAAGAUAGAUAAUCAGGAGAAGGAAGUAGCAGAAGCAGAUGCGAACUUGCGAAAACAGAAGAAGAUGUGGAAUCAAAGGGAAGAGUGGGAUCCUUUCCUUGCGGAUAAACUUGGAAGGAAAAAAGAAAUAGAUCAAGCUAAAAAAUACGAAAAUAUUCAUUUAUAUAUAUGCUAUGCAUGUGGCCGGGCAUUUGAUAAUGAAAAGGACAUGAGAAGUCAUGUUAAUACAGUUCACCUUAGCAAUCAGGGAUAUAGUUUUAAAUGCUCGCAUUGUUAUCGACGUUUCAAAAAGAAACAGCAUUUGGCUCGUCAUGAAGUAACCCAUGAUGCCACAGCUGUGUUUAGUUGUGACAGAUGUUCUUCGUCUUUUAGGAAAAAAGAUUCUUUGAAAGUUCAUCAAAGCCGCGUUCACCACCUGGAUGAGGAUGGAAAGUUAAUAGAAACUUUGGAUUUCUCCUGCAACAGCUGUAGUCGCAGUUUUGGAACCGUUUUAGAGCUAAGGAGGCAUAAAUACAUAUGCAUGAAGAAUAAGCAGUCAUCUAGUGGUGCAGCUAAAAGUGAAUCGAUGAGUGUGGUUAGUGAUAAUACCUCACAACCAAGCCGUAGUGUCCCUUCUUCUCCUCAAAGGCCUUUAAUAAGCAAAGUUUGUCUUGUUUGUCAAAACAAGUUUGCCAGUGCUCAGUCUUUGAUCCGCCACAUCGGAAGAAAACAUCCGAGUGAACAGUACGUAAGAAGGUACGAGGUUCUUCCUGCAGCAAGCACGACGGAAAAUUCAAGCUUAAUACCGUUACGCUCUGCAAGAAAAUCACUAAGCCCGCCACUUUUGGAUCCGAACCUUCCUUUCGCAUGCAUAGAAUGUCAGAAACGCUUUGCGACGGCAUCAGCGUUAUCGCUGCAUAAAAGGCGUCAUUCGGGUAACUUUCCUUAUCACUGCUCUAUUUGCGGUCGUAAAUAUCCUAUUGCAAGCGAACUGCGUAAACAUGUUCGUCGAAGUCACAUGAAAAAUAAAUGUUCAUCUGGAGUCGAUCCGGACAACUUAGCCGAAGGAAUAAAGGCUUAUACAGGCUCUGUUUCUCCUGAAGAGGCAGAAGCAAAUGUAAAUUUAGAAUCAGGGAGAUUUCGAAGUGAGGAUGAUUUGUCAACUUUUGAGCUGUGAUU